UCUCAAGAUGGCGGAUAAUCUCCCUUCGGAGUUUGACGUGAUCGUAAUAGGGACGGGUUUGCCUGAAUCCAUCACUGCAGCUGCAUGUUCAAGAAGUGGCCAGAGGGUUCUGCAUGUUGAUUCAAGAAGCUACUAUGGAGGAAACUGGGCCAGUUUUAGCUUUUCAGGACUAUUGUCCUGGCUAAAGGAAUACCAGGAAAACAGUGACAUUGUGAAUGAAAAUCCAGCAUGGCAAGAGCACAUUCUUGAAAAUGAAGAAGCUAUUGCUCUUAGCAGGAAGGACAAAACCAUUCAACAUGUGGAAGUAUUUUGUUAUGCCAGUCAGGAUUUGCAUGAAGAUGUUGAAGAAACUGGUGCACUGCAGAAAAAUCAUGCUUCUGUGACAUCUGUGAACCCCACAGAAGGGGAACAUUCUGCCUAUCUGCCUUCGGAAGAUGAGUCGUCGAGCACUGUGAGUUGUCAAAUGCCCACAGAACAAACUCCAAACAGUGAUCUAGAGAAUUCCCUAGAAAUAAAUGAUGUUGAAGCAACAGGGGAAGAAGAAAAGCAUUGUGAUGGUAAAACUUGUGUGAAGUCAGCUUCAGAAGAAGAAACAAGUGAAAAUGUGCUUACAACAGAAGACACCACACUGCAACCAAGGAAAAAUAGGAUUACUUACUCACAAAUUAUUAAAGAAGGCAGGAGAUUUAAUAUCGAUUUAGUAUCAAAGCUGCUGUAUUCUCGAGGAUUACUAAUUGAUCUUUUAAUCAAAUCUAAUGUAAGUCGAUAUGCAGAGUUCAAAAAUAUUACCAGGAUUCUUGCAUUUCGAGAAGGAAGAGUGGAACAGGUUCCUUGUUCUAGAGCAGAUGUCUUUAAUAGCAAACAACUUACUAUGGUAGAAAAGCGAAUGCUAAUGAAGUUUCUUACAUUUUGUAUGGAGUAUGAAAAACAUCCUGAUGAAUAUAAAGCCUAUGAGGAGAUUACAUUUUCUGAGUAUUUAAAAACUCAAAAAUUAACCCCCAACCUCCAGUACUUUCUCCUGCAUUCAAUUGCAAUGACAUCAGAGACAGCCAGCAAUACCAUAGAUGGUCUCAAAGCUACCAAAAACUUUCUUCACUGUCUUGGGCGGUAUGGCAACACUCCAUUUUUAUUUCCUUUAUAUGGUCAAGGAGAACUUCCUCAGUGUUUCUGCAGGAUGUGUGCUGUGUUUGGUGGAAUCUAUUGUCUUCGCCAUUCAGUCCAGUGCCUUGUUGUGGACAAAGAAUCCAGAAAAUGUAAAGCAGUCAUAGAUCAGUUUGGUCAGAGAAUAAUUUCUAAGCAUUUCCUUGUGGAGGACAGUUACUUUUCUGAGAACACAUGCUCACAUGUACAAUACCGGCAAAUCUCCAGGUCAGUCCUGAUUACAGAUAGAUCUGUACUAAAAGCGGAUUCAGAUCAACAGAUUUCCAUUUUGACAGUGCCAGCAGUGGAGACAGGAACUUUUGCUGUUCGGGUCAUUGAGUUAUGUUCCUCAACAAUGACAUGCAUGAAAGGCACAUAUUUGGUUCAUUUGACUUGUACAUCUUCUAAAACAGCAAGAGAAGAUUUAGAACCAGUUGUGCAGAAAUUGUUUACUCCAUAUACCGAAACGGAGAUAGAAAAUGAAGAAGAUGAGAAACCAAGACUUUUGUGGGCUCUUUACUUCAAUAUGAGAGAUUCUUCAGAUGUCAGCAGGAACUCUUAUAAUGAUUUACCAUCCAACAUUUAUGUCUGCUCUGGCCCAGACUGUGGUUUAGGAAAUGAUAAUGCGGUCAAACAGGCUGAAACACUUUUCCAGCAAAUCUGCCCCAACGAAGACUUCUGUCCACCCCCACCAAAUCCUGAAGACAUUGUCAUUGAUGGGGACAGUUUACAAUCAGAGGCUUCAGAAUCUAGUUUCAUACCAGAAGCGAACUCAGAGACUCCCAAGGAAAGCAGAAGUCUGGGAAAGCCAGAGCUGUCCUCUCAAUAAUGGGUAUACACCAAACUAUACACGCACUUUGAAAAUUCCUCCUGGCCUCAGAGUCUUCUUCAUGGAAGAAAUGUUUGAAAAAUGUUAGAAAACAGCAGCCAGUUGACAUACAUUAUUACCAAGAGAACAGGGCAUAGAAAUCCAAAAGGAGAUUUUCCUGAAAGAGGACAUUGCAAGAGCACAAAAUACUUGUAAACCACAUUGGCUUGCCUACUUUAAGAUAAUACACCUGUGGAAUUAGCAGAUGAAUAUAAAUGGAUUGAUUCCCAGGAAUAUAGCUGUGGAUAUGAACGUGAUCCUAUGCAUUGUUAAUAAUUCUGUGGUAUUAGGAAAGCUUUUGCUUAUCACUUUGGAUCUUUGAUUGAAAUCCACAUCUUCAGAAUCCAGUCAUGUAUUUCCUGUGAUUAUUUUAAUUCUAUUUUCUUUAUGGAUAUAAGCAUGAUGGCACCAAUGAUAAAAGCACAUGUAAAUGUAAUUGAGGAGAGCUAAAAUAUCCUGAUCUAGGCAGGAGCCUAUGUUCGGAAUAGAGGUUUGGCUUGUUUUCUAUCUUGAGAAUUAUUGAAAACGCCAAUAUUAAGGUAUACAUUUUUACAAACAAAUCAUGAGUCCAUGUACUCAACAUUUUUUAAUGUUAGUAGUGCUUUUUGUAUGUGAAUCAUUUGCACACUAGGAAAGCUUAUAGGACUGAAGGAAUGGAAGGAAAGAUUUGGAUAUGCUCAUCAGUAUGUGGAAAUUCUGUCUAGUCAAGUAAUUAGAACCUAAUUGUAUAUGGACCCAGUUUAGUCCUAGCUAUACUACUGAUGAGAUUAGACAAAUUGUUUAUUUUGUAUAAAAAUAGGGCUCACUUUCUCCAUAUGUAAGAUAGAAAUAGUAACACUCUUCCUACCUUAGGAGGAUGAUUUUGAAGAUAAAUGUAGUGCAAACCUUAAAAUGAUUUUUGGGGGGUUGAGGGGAAUGUUGUUUUCCCCUUGACUUGAAGGUGAAUAUCAAAAAUCUCAUGCAGCAAAUUGUUUGCUGUCAACUCCCCCAACACAGUAGUUCACAGUGUUUUUAUUGCAUUAAGCUUUUAAAAUAAAACUAUUUCCUAAAUUAGUAUUUUAUAGUCUAUAGGCCAUAAAACAUAGUAACAUGGAAUUUUGGUUUUGAAUCUUAAUAAGGAAAGCACUGUAUAAAUUAUUCAUAUUCCUUUUCUGGUAGGUAAACCUAAAACCACUAAAGACUCUCAAUACAAUAUGACAAUUGGUAAACCCUAAUAUACACUUAACAUAAAAAUGUUAGGGUUGUACAUAGCCAGCAAACCUAGUUACAGUGACCAUGACAAUUUAAAAUUUUUCCAGGUGCCAAGCUCUGAUGAUUUGCUUUAUUUGAGCAAUAGUUUAGACUUAAUUUGUUUCAAUAAUUAAAUACAUAAAAUGUUUAUUGUGCAUUCUGGCCUAUAUUGCCAAUCAGAGAGCCAUAGCUAUAGUAGAAAUCAUGUAGUUCUUACUUCAGUUGCAGUGGGGCUAUGAGCUCUUCAG